AUGCGUCUGUAUAAAUUAUAUUCUCUACUCGCUUUGUAUAUAGGUUUACUGAUGGGUGCAGGCGACAUUGCAGCUCAACAUUUUGUGGAACACAAAACCUGGGACAGCCACGAUAUUUGGAGAACGAUACGUUUAACAAGCACGGGGUUGUUUAUAAUUGGACCUAUAUUUCACGUGUGGUACGAUAUGUUCCUAAGCAAACUAUUCUUACAACGAACUAUGAAAAUUGCUUUGAAAAAAGUGGUUUUGGAUCAAGGACUAUUCGCCCCCGUAUUCCUAGUGUUAUUCUAUUGCUCUCUGGGCAUGCUCGAACUUAGUCCGGCAAAGAAGACGGUCGCAAGGUUAAAAUCAGAAUUUUUACCAAACAUGGCAGUGAACUAUUCGAUAUGGCCCGCCGUACAGUUCGUUAAUUUCUAUUUCAUUCAACAACCCAAGUAUAAUAUCUUGUUCGUCAACGUGGCGUCAAUAUUUUGGAAUAGUUUUCUAUCCUGGGCUGCGCAUAAAGACGUCCACGCGAAGUUCAGCCAUGACAGUUGCCAUGAUACGGCACAUAUUGUACACGAUUUAUUAAACGAUGACUCCGAUAUGGACGUCGAUUAA